AUGCGCGCGCGCGCGCCGGCGUCCGCGGCGUCGUCGUCGACGCGCCGGACGUUCCGGAACGCGCGAACGACGCGCGCGGGGGGCGGCGGCGGACGCGAGACGACGCGGACGCGCGGAAGCGCGCGCGAAGGGCGAGCGACGCAAAGGCGCGACGUCGCGAGACGCGCGCAGUCGGACGCGAUGUACGGAAUCUCCACCGAACCGUCGGAUGAGGACGUGAAGACGUUUAAUAGAAUCAUUCAGGCGACGUCGUGGGAGGGCAUCGUGAGCAACGUCAAGGCGAGCGCGAACGGCGGUGAACUCACGACCGGCGUGCUCGGGGCGGGAUAUUUGGUGUUCACGGAGUCGAAAAAGCGAGGCGAGAACGAACAGACGCUCGGGGUGCUGCAGAACAUCAUUCAGGUGAUGACGCAGGCGUUGAUGACGAUGUCGGCGUCGCCGGCGCAGCGCGUGAUGGACGAGCUCAUGGAGCUUCCGGUGAGCGAGGAACGAAAGCUGGUGGAUAGGAUCGAGGAGGCGUAUAAUGAUGGCAUCGAUACCUACGCUAUCGCGGAGUGUUUGAGAGAUUUCAUUAAGAAUUUACAAGUGCAAGAGAUGUCGUUCGACCUCGAAGUCGCGAAGGCGAAGGAAGCCAAGUGGGACGACCAGAUCGCCAAGCUCGAGGUCUUGGCGCAAGAGCGCAUCGAGGCGCAAAAGCGCGCGAUGAACAUCCUUAAGCUCAUCGGCGCCGACGCGCCACCCGCGAUGCCUGCGAUGCCUGCGGUCGAUCCCAACGCGGCUGGCCCUUCGCCCGCGGCGGGCGCGUUCGAGGACCAAACCGACUGA